AUGCCAGAAAUGACUGAAGUAGACAAAACUGUGGUUUCAGAGGUAAAACCUGAACAAAGUGAAUCCUCAACAGACAGUGACUCAGAUGAAGACAUCCCUGAAUUGGAAGAUGCUGGAACUACAAGCUCAGCUUCAGCAACAUUCCCUGGAGCUGCCGCUGCUGCAAAAAUUGAAGACCUUUCACAACAAGCUCAGGCGACUGCAGCUGAGAAAUUCAAAGAAGUCAGUCCUGCUGGAGAUAAUGCGGCUGGUACAACAACCACAUCUGUGGCACCAAUAUCUAAAGAAUCAGAAGAUGAAAAAGUUGAUGAAUCUGGACUAGAGGAAAAAGAUGUAGAGUUGGUCAUGUCUCAGGCAAAUGUUAGUCGAUCUAAAGCAGUAAAGGCGAUGAAGAAUAACCAAAAUGACAUAGUGAAUGCUAUAAUGGAGCUUACGAUGUAA